AUGGCCGCAAGGCCUUCUCUGCACUUCAUCGCCUCCUCCAUCAACAUCACCAAAUCCUCCCUUUCCCCAUCGUCAACCCUACUUCUCCGUCGCAUCGCUUCCGCCACCGCUCCACCGCAACAACAUCAUCACCGCAAACAAAAACACAAACACAUAUAUCCUCCUCAAAACCCCCUCCCUCACCCACCUACACCUUCAUUCAAUAGCCUCCGGCCGACGUUGUCACUGCAGGAAACCCUGGCGCAAAAGAUCGGCAAAGCUAUCCGCCGUCCCGGCGCGCCGUCCAAGGCUAGGGUUUAUACCGAUGUUAAUGUUAUCCGGCCUAAGGAGUACUGGGAUUACGAGUCGCUGAUCUAUGGGGGGAACAGGACAAUUAUGAGGUGGUAAGGAAGGUUGGGAGGGGAAAAUACRGCGAKGUUUUCGAGGGAUUUCACUGUAUUAAUGASGAGAAGUGCAUYAUUAAAAUACUCAAACCUGUUARGAAGAAGAAGGUUAGGACAUUUCUUGAUUGUAUCCCCAAUUUAUUUUCUUAGAUUAUAUACUCAUGUUCCACAUACUGCAUGCGUACUU